CGACUAUUGGUCCCCAUCAUGGUCGCGUCGUCCCCACUUUCCGGUCGUGGGAUAAAUUACGAGAACCCUGCUGUUGAGUUGUUGAGGUUGAGUCGUGCACUGCAAUUGUGCGUGCGGCUCAUUAGUGAGAAUACGAAGGGCUUUUUGUACGUUCUUUGCUGACGAAACGGCGUUACAUUUUGAGAAAUGACAGGGUUUACAGAAAGUGCACUUGUGAAAAGGUUAAUGGACUUAAAUCCUUCUCAACAAAGUAUUCAAACACUCUCCCUUUGGUUAAUUCAUCACAGAAAACAUCAUCCGACCAUCGUUAAAGUCUGGUUUAAAGAGAUGUGUAAAGUGAAGGACAAUAGGAAAUUAAUGUUUAUGUAUCUGGCGAAUGAUGUUAUACAAAAUAGUAAAAAGAAAGGACCUGAAUUUGGUAAGGAGUUUGAAACAGUUUUACCAAAAGCCUUUGAACAUAUGAAAGGGUUCGAUGAGAAAACAAGAGACAGGUUAAAUAGGUUGCUUCAAAUUUGGGAAGAGAGAGGAGUUUAUGAUAAAGCACAAAUUGCAGAGUUUAAGUCUGCUUUUACAGUUUCAUCAAAAGAUACAGACACACCGCCUCCGAAAAAGAAACUUAAGAAUGAUGUAGAGAAAAUAAAGAAGGAAAAAAAGGAGAGAAAGAAAUCAGAGACUGAAGUUGAAGUGGAUGGAACCAAAGAACUACACGUAACAUUAAGUCCUCGCACUCCUGCAGGAGACCCACCAGAGACGGAGGAGCUUAUCAAAGCCUUAAUGGACUUGGAAAACACAGCGUCCUCGGAUGCUGGCGUUCGGGAACGUAUCGCAUCUCUGCCGCCAGAAGUUUCAGAAGUUUCACUUCUUGCGAAUUUGGCUGACAGAGCAGCUGCCGAUCAAUUAAGUGUUGCUGUGAACGAAGCCGCCGCGCUAUUAGCGGAUUACAAUGGCCGAUUGCAAGCAGAGAUGGAAGACAGAAGAAGAUUGCUAACUAUGCUCAGAGAUUACACUUUGGCACAAAGGCAGUUACUUCAACAGGCACAAGCAACGUUAGAAGACUACAAAGAAAAGCUUAAAAAAGUAUGCACAGUUCGGAACGAAGUAAAGUCACAUAUUUCCAAUUUGCCUGAUUUAACGCAAUUACCUGACGUUACGGGCGGAUUAGCGCCUCUUCCUUCAGCUGGUGACUUAUUUUCAAUGCACUAGCACGUGAGUUUAGAGAGCACGAUCGAAUUAUAUUUAAGUUCCAUGCAUAAAUGAAUACCAUGGUGCAUUAGCUUGGUUUUUGUAAUGAAAUAUAUCUGGUACCAUAAAUUUCUACUUUUUAAAUUUAAAACAUUGAAUAUUGAUCCUAUAAUUACAAUGUAUCAAGCGGAAAAAGUACUGAUAAAAGAGAUGACAUCACAAGACGAAUUUUAUAAAACACUUUAGUAAUCUACAUAAGCAAACGAACCAAGUAAUCGUAAAAAAGCCUCAAAAAAAUUGUGCCAGUAAUUCUUCAUGUUAUAUUUUAUAAUUGCAUAUUCAUGUUUCCUCAUUUCGUA